GUAUCAAGAAUAACAUCCAUUCGUGUAAUGAUUGCUCUUGCUGCCUUGAACAAUCUCGUGGUACACCAAAUGGAAGUUAAGACAGCUUUUUUGAACAGAGAUCUGGAUGAAGAAAUCUAUAUGGAACAACCAGAAGGGUUUGUUAUCCCCGAACAUGCCUCGAAAGUCUGUAAGUUAGACAAAUCAUUAUAUGGUUUGAAACAGGCUCCAAAAUAGUGGCAUGAGAAGUUUGACACUCUCGUUCUCUCACAUGGCUUUAAGGUGAAUGAAAGUGACAAGUGUAUUUACUGCAAGUCAGAAAAUAACACUUGCACUAUCAUAUGUUUGUAUGUAGAAGACAUGUUGAUAACGAUGUAAUUGCACAUAUUUGCGCCCCUAGUUCUUAUCCGUUUGAGGAGUAUAGUCGUGUGUUUUGGCCUAUUUUACGCCGGGUUGUGCUAUUUUGUCAUAUUUCAGGUCCCAGGCGUCAAAGGGAAGGCUAACCACGAGUUUCGGGGCAUUCGGAGGUCAUUUCGUCAAGCUGGGGCCAAAACACGGGCACACCUAAGGCAUUACACGGCCGUGUUCCUAUGGCCGUGCUUUUUAUGCCAAGAGCUGAGCUGAUUACACGGGCAGGGCUGUUUCAAAGCACGGCCGUGUUCCACAAAAGCACGGCCGUGUCCAACGCGAAGCACGGCCGUGUUUCUUCCCAAUUGCUGGCCUUGUAAUUAAGCCUUGGACGAGACACGGGCGGAGUCAGGCAAAGCACGGUCGGGCCCUCGACCGUGCUUUGGCCACUUAUGCUUUUAAGCAGAUUUUCAGCCACAACUCAAGGUGAUUCGAGUUUUUGAGAGAUAGAACGACUUCUAGAGAGAGAAAGUGACGAGCAAGAGUUCCCAAGUGCCCUAGAUUGAUCUUCAACACCAUUGGAGGCCAGCUUGAGCUUGGAGAAGUGCCAAUCAACGUCCAGGAGCCGGAAUCCGUCCUUCGCAGUAUGAAUUCCGUGUCUGAUUCUGCUUUUGCUUUCUUCUCCAUGGAGUAGUUCUCCCAUUCAUCUGGGUAUGGAGAACCCUAGAUUUGUAUGUUAGGCUUUGAUUGUAUGAACCCAAGUACUGAUUCUGUGAUUGAUUAUAUUCGAUUGAGGUUUUAAUGAUUGAAUGACUUGAAUCCUGAUAAAAUUCCUGUUGUUUCUGCUUUAACCUAGAAUGAGAAUAUCUGCCUAGGUUGAUAGAGUAUCCUUGAUUGAAGGUAGGGAGUUGGUGACUUUAGUAGAGGAACCAACUCACUAUUAUGUACCGGAUUUACUCCGGUAGUGGAGGUUUUGUUCUUAGGUCCUCAAUCUGUCUACUCCGGUGGAGGUUAGUCGCCCGCUAGAGAUUCAGAUUGAGAGGGUCUGAAGACCUUUAGUCGAGACUUCAGGCUGUUUAAGAACCGUCCGCAGUAUAACUAUCAUAGAAACUGAACUUGGUAAUUACAAUCCGGCUUAACUGCAGUCUAGGGGGAACCAUAUGCGGGUGACCUCUUUAACCUGAAUACAACAGUUUACUUGCUUUGUUUGUUUGGUAGUUUAGACUUGCAUUCCAGUUUCAUUGCUAGAUAACAAGAACUCACUGAGUAGUCAUCAGAUCUAGGACCCGGGUUGACAUAUAAACCUAACCCGCUAUACUACGCCUUAGGAAGUGGUUUCACUUGGCCAAUUCCUAGGGUGACAGUAGAGUCGAGUCACAUGUUGAUAUUUGGUACAAAUAUUCACUUGGUCAAUGAAGCAAAAGCCAUGUUAAAAGAGAGCUUUGAGGUGAAAGAUCUGGGAGAAGCAAAGUUUAUGCUUGGAGUCCAGAUAACUAGAACAGCAAAUGGUUAUUCUCUAGAUCAAUCUAGCUACAUAGAGAAGAUCUUGAAGAAAUAUAACUAUUUCGACUGUAAACCUGCGUGUACUCUGUAUGAUGCUAGUGUAAAGCUAUUUAAGAACACUGGAGACAGUGUAAGACAAUCAGAAUAUGCUAGCAUCAUUGGCAGUCUCCGUUAUGCAGCGGAUUACACUCGACCAGACAUUGCAUAUGUCGUGCGAUUGCUUGGCAGGUUUAACAGCUGUCCUAGUAGAGAGCAUUGGAAUGCUAUAGAGAGGGUCAUGAGAUACCUUAAGAGAACAGCAAACCUUGGUAUACACUAUCAAAGGUUUCCUGCUGUACUAGAAGGGUAUAGUGAUGUGGAUUGGAAUACCCUAUCAGAUGACUCCAAGGCAACCAGCGGGUAUGUUUUUAACAUCACUGGUGGAGCUGUGUCUUGGAAGUCAAAGAAACAAACAAUCCUAGCUCAAUCAACUAUGGAGUCAGAGAUGAUAGCACUAGCAACGGCUAGUGAAGAAGCAAGUUGGUUGAGAGGAUUGUUGUCAGAGAUUCCCCCAUGGGAAAGGCCGGUCCCUCCGGUAUUGAUCCAUUGUGAUCGUACUGCAGCUAUCGCUAAAGUUGAGAACCGGUUAUAUAACGGAAAGAAACGACAGAUUCGUCAUAAGCACAGUACUGUAAGAGAACUCCUAACGAUAGGAGCAGUGAGGGUGGAUCAUAUAAGAUCCGAACAGAAUCUAGCUGAUCCUUUGACGAAAGGAUUACCUAGAGAGAAAGUCCAGAAUACCGCCAAGGGUACGAGACUUAUGCCUCCCGAACCACGGACUACAAGUGAUGGUAACCCGACCCAAUAGACUGGAGAUCCCAAGAAAUGGGGUCGGUUAGCAUGCUAACCCCCUUAGGGGUUGGAAAAAUGACACCCCUUAGUAUAUUAAAUACAACUAUAGAAUUUAAUACACACAUUAAAUACACAUUAGGAAUUAAAUGUACCAUAUUAAUUAGGAAUUCUCUCACUAUUAAAUACACAUUAGGAAUUAAAUACACACAUUAAAUACACAUUAGGAAUUCUCUCACUAUAUUUGAUUUUUCCUUUUUUAGCAGUCUCCGACCACCAGACUUCCUCCGACCGCCACACUUCUCCGGUGAAAAUCCCAUCGGCGGACUCCCUCCGACCACCUCCAAAAAAUAUACCACUACACUGAUACGGUGUAUCACUGUACUGGUAGAUAUACCACUGCACUAAUAGGUUGUACCACUGUACUGGUAGAUAUACCACUGCACUGAUACGUUGUACCACUGUACUGGUAGAUAUACCACUGCACUGAUACGUUGUACCACUGUACUGGUAGAUAUACCACUGCACUGAUACGUUGUACCACUGUACUGGUAGAUAUACCACUGCACUGGUAGUGAUAUCAGUGCACUGGUAGCAAUGUCAUAUCUGAGUAUCAGUGCAGUGGUACAAAUACCAGUAAAGUGGUAAUUAAUGU